AUGAGCAAUAUCCCACAUUAUUUGAGAUUGAAACCAAGGGGUGAUACUCCAGAGGCAAAAGAAGCUCCUUAUUUGAUCGAAAGUCAAGAUGAAACCCAUGUCAAAUUUAAAGAAACUGCUGCUGCUAAUAAAUUCACAAAAGUGUUUAAUGAAACUUCACAAUUAGAUCUUUACAAGGAAACAUUACAAGAUUUGACACUGGAUACUAUUGAAGGUAAAGAUAGUGUCUUUUUCACUUUAGGUCCUUCAAAUAGUGGUAAAAGUUAUUCAAUUCAUGGUGAUGAUGCAAAUCCAGGUCUUGCAAUUUAUGCUUUAAAUGAAAUGUUUAACAAGAUUGGAGACAAUUUGGCAGAUUAUAAGAUUUUGAAAAAACAUUUUGGAGAAUCAUUUGUUGCUACGUCUAAUGCUGCUAAACAUUCUACAGGUGAAUAUGGGUUAACAAUCUCUGUUUUUGAAAUCUAUAAUGAUAGAAUUAGAGAUUUAACUCAAGAUCUGUCUAAAACUGUUAAUCAAUCACUUGAUAUCAUCACUGAUGCUAAAGAUGGUAAAAUCAAACCAAAUAAAAUAAGACAAAUACUCAUUAGUAACUUGGAAGAAGCAAAAGUGGUUUUACAUAAAUCUAUCAAAAGAAGAGCCGUUAGUCCAACAUACCUCAAUCAACAAAGUUCAAGAUCUCAUUUAUUUAUGUACUUCAACUUACACAAGGUUGUGGGUAGAUCAGUCAAAACCUCAAGACUUACAAUUUCUGAUUUGGCUGGUUCUGAAAGAACAAAAACUGCUAAAACUGAAGGGAAAGAAUUUAAAGAAGGUAAUUAUACAAACACAAGUUUAACAGAAUUGGGAAGAUGUCUAGCGCUAAUGAAAUCUAAAAGAUUUGAAAGAUCAAUAUUAAGAACAAGCAAAUUGACAAGAUUAUUACUUAGUGACUUAUUUGGUAAUUUCAAUCAAAAUAAUAAAAUCAAAAUUUUGUUAACUUUAGAUCCAUAUUCUAAUUUGUCAACAAUUUUACAUGCUUUAAGAUAUAUCCAACCAGUUUCAAGAGUCACAAUCAGCUCUGAACGUAAUUCAAUUGAACCAGAAUCAGAAAUAGUGUUACAAUUAAAUGAAGAACUUAGAAUCUUGAAAGAAAAAUUCGAUGAAGUAACCAAAGAAAAUGAAGAAACAAAAGAAAAACUUGAAGAACAAGAAAUAUCUAUAAGAAAUGAAUUAUCUGAUGAGUUUGAACUAAAGAUUAAAGAAAUAGAUGCUAAUAAUACUGAAGAAUUGAAUAAAUUGAAAGAAUCACAUCAAAGAUCUUUGGAUGAAAAACUUGAUGUUUUAAGUAAAGAUUAUGAAUCUAAAAUCAAAACACUUGAAAUUGAAUCAAAUACUAAAAUUGAAGAGUUCAAGUCACAAAUUGAAUCAUUGAAUGCUAGAUACCAAGAUCUGGAAUCAACAAGUAACUCAGGGGAAUCAAAGCUUUUAUCUGAAAAUCAAUCAUUACUUUCUCAAUUGGAGAAAUUGAAACAAGAGUUAAACUCUUCAGUUAGUGAUAAAGCUCAACACGAAAUUGAAUUACAAAAUCAAAUCAAUAAUAUGAAAGAAAAUCAAGAUAAGCUAAAUUCUGAAAUCACAGUCUUGAGAAAACGUUUAGAGGAUGCAGAAAAGGAGAACAAACAUUUACAAAAGAAAACAAUAAAAAAAGCUAAAAAGAUUGAAGAAUUGACUGAGAAAUUAGAAUCUAGUUUCAAUAAUGGUGAAAAUGACAAUAAGAGAAAAUCUGAAAUUGCUAAUGAUGAAGAUACAGAUGAAGAUGAGAGAUCACCAAAAUUUGCACGUAUUAAUGUUGAAUCUCCAAAAAAAUCUAAACCUGAAGGUUUACAAGCAGCUCCAAAGAUCAUACAAAAUGAACAAGAUUUAAUUAAUUUCAGCCCAAUUAAAAUAUCAACUACCUCACCAUCUAAAAAAGAAAGUACUUCACCAAGAAAGAAUCAAACUUCUCCUUUCAAAUUUGGUCAAGCUUCACCAAAUAAACAUAUUUUUUUCAAUGAUACCCCAAAGAAAAAACCAUUAAGUGAAUUAAAUUUUGAAAAUAAAUUACCAGAACCAAGUUUAAAAUCACCAAGUAAAUCACCAAAGAAAUCACCAAAAAAAGCUAGAAAGAAAGUAACAAAUAAUAAUAUUAUUGAAAAUUCAUUUAAUUCUGAUAUUGAUUAA